CACCCAGUAUCCACUACUCUAUCCAUCUUCCAAAUUGAUUUUCUCCCCCAACAAAAAAAAAAAAAGAAAAGUAAUAAAUAAUAUGGAAGCAGAUGGGGAGGACGCAGUGUUGAGAGGUCAAGUUGAGAUAUGGAAGUACAUGUUAAGCUUCGCAGAUUCGAUGGCGUUGAAAUGCGCGGUGGAGCUUCAAUUAGCCGACAUAAUCCACUCUCACACCUCUCCAAUCACCUUGUCCCAAAUAGCUUCCGCUAUUCCUGGCGCUACCUCGCCAGACCUCUCUUGCUUGGCCCGCAUCAUGCGCCUACUCGUCCGCCGUCGGAUAUUCACCCAACACCAAAAACCAAAAUCGGACGGAGAAGAAGAAGAAGCCCUCUACGGGCCCACACACUCUUCCAGAUGGCUGCUGACCAAAACGAACGAUCACGAUCAACUAACUCUAGCUCCAAUGAUUCUGAUGGAGAACGAUCCUAGACUGAUGGCUCCAUGGCAUUGCUUCAGCCGUUGUGUUAAGGAAGGUGGCGUGGCUUUCAAGAAGGCCCAUAACGGCCAAAGCAUAUGGGAGUUUGGGGCGGAGAAUCCGGAAAUUAAUAAGCUGUUUAACGAUGCCAUGGAGUGUACUGCCAAGGUGGUAAUGAAGGCCAUUUUGUCUCAUUAUAGUGAUGGUGGUUUCAGUGAUAUCAAAUCAAUGGUUGAUGUCGGUGGUGGGACUGGUGGUUCCAUAUCUGAGAUCGUUAGAUCAUAUCCGCACAUCAAGGGAAUUAAUUUCGAUCUGCCCCACGUCAUCGCCACUGCUCCGCCGUACUCCGGUGUUUCCCAUGUUGGAGGUGACAUGUUCCGUUCUGUCCCCACAGCUGAUGCAAUUUUCAUGAAGUGGAUAUUGCAUGAUUGGAGUGAGUAAGAUUGUGUGAAGAUCUUGAAAAAUUGCCGGAAAGCAAUUGCAGAGGAAAGUGGAAAAGUUAUUAUUGUGGAGUCAGUUUUGGAAGAAGAAAGCAAUAAUAAUAAUAAUAAUAAUGAGGUGUUUGGUGACACUGCUUUGGUGCUUGACCUUGUAAUGGUGGCUCACACCACAGGUGGAAAAGAGAGAACUCAGAAACAGUGGAAGACUAUUUUGGAGCAAGGAGGCUUCCCUCGCUACAACUUCAUCAAAAUUAAGGCUUUACCAUCCAUUAUUGAGGCCUAUCCAAAUUGAAUAUAUUAAAAAAUAUAAUACUAUAAAUGCAUGUGUUGGACAUAUUAUAUUCUAUAAUUGCUCUACCAUUUAUGUCCGUAUAUGACACCAUUUCACUAUAAGUUUUACUUUUGUUUA